CGUUUACGAAUUACUGUAUGAAUUGACAAAUUCAUGGACGAAUUGCUACAAAUGGCGCUCCAUACCAAACAGUCUCGAGCAAGUGUCAGCAAGUUGCAUGCUCGGAGAACCGGCUUGCACAGCAUGGUCCGACAUGCAUAAAAAGUCCCGAACAAUCCAGCUCUCAUUGUAACAAUAUUUUUCUAACUUAGCCUUCUAUGGACUGUACUUUGAUAUAAAAUAAACCACAUUGACAGGUCAGUCUGUUUACAGUCCCCACAUAUAGUUUUAUGAGGAACAAGCUGGCAACAAUUGGAGGUAAUAAAGGACAAUUAAAGCUCUGGUAUGGAUCUAUUUUUAAUAGUUGUUUUUCCUUUCGAAACAAAUCUUGACUACGGAAACACCUGCCAGCCAAGCCCCUACUAUGACCUCGCCAUCAACGUCUGUCAGUUAAGAAAAGAUGAAUUCAGAGUCGUUAGAGUCUGCCAGUGGUGGAUUACUGAAAAGUUUGCAGACAGACAGAUGGAUGUCAGAAUUACCCGACCAACUUCUGGAUGUGCCCCUGUACAAUCUUGCUAUUCCAGGAAGCCACAACAGCAUAACAUAUUGCCUGGAUAAGAACAACAGGUCCCCAGUUGAUCAUACUCAACCAGAUUUCUUAAAGAGAUUGGAUAAAUACAUGAAACCCCUCAUCCGCCCAUUUGUAUACAAAUGGUCCAUAACACAGGAAUCCACUAUGAAGGAGCAGUUAGAUGAGGGGGUCCGAUACUGUGACUUAAGGAUUGCUCACAAACCCAAUGAUGACUCCCGUAACCUGUACUUUUACCAUGGAGUGUAUACUACUAUUACUGUUGAGGUUGUACUAAAAGAGAUCAGAGAGUGGCUGGAGGCACAUCCCAAAGAAGUUGUUAUCUUGUCGUUCAGCCACUUUCUUGGAUUAAGUCAGGACCUCCAUCAACAUCUGAUUCAUUCAAUACAGAACACAUUUGGUCCAAAACUAUGUCCAAAAUAUGAGACUGUAACACUGAGGAAUCUCUGGCGCUUAGGAUACCAAGUGAUAAUAUCUUAUGAAAAUGACAUCAUGAAUUUCUACGAUGACCUUUGGCCACACAUCUCCUACUGGUGGGCUAACAAAUGCAAAGCAGAGGCGCUUAUUCGGGAGAUUGAGAGGAGAAAGCAGCAUGGUCGUCCAGAUGGAUUUUUUGUUGCAGGCAUUAACCUGACAGAAGAUGCAAAGUACAUUGUUUCUCAUCCCACUGAGUCUUUGAAUGGCUUGGUCAUGUCUACUUACCCUGUGCUGUUGGAGUGGGUUCAGAAACAGUCACCAGGGUCCGGCCCCGGUGCCAUUAACAUCAUUGCUGGAGACUUUGUAAAAGAAGGACAACUGGUCCCUGCUGUAAUUUCACUUAAUGAAAAACUUCUUAACUGCACUUCUUGAUAGUGUGGGAGCACUUUUUAGACUAAGUAAAACAUAGGAAUCAAUAUUUACUGAACUGCUAUUAUAAACCUAGGUUUUUGUUUAUAUGUAUCCCAAGAAGCACAAGCCCUCAGUGUAUUGAGAGAUCAUAUUAGUUCAUGUUAUCCACAGCCUGUAUUACCACAUAGCAGAUGUUCAAAGUUAUAAACCCCACACUGACUGAUCAACCAGACUGGAAACAUGCCGAGUAGUUAAACAGUUAAACAGCUCUUGGCUUAUUCUUAUUAUUCAUAAAGGUUUAGACCUUUUAUUAAUAAAGUACUGUGAUAGGUAUGGCUUUGUGGUGACAUCAGGCCAGAUGCAGGAAGAAUAACACACAGGCAGUACUGCAGGGCAAAAGACGUUGUGG